UUUCUCACACACACACACACACACACACAUAUGCUCAUACAUACAUACGUAUAUAUGCAUAGCAUACACAACAUACACAUACACAUGGAUAGUGCACCUAUAAUAUCUGCUCCUGGUGAUAUCUCUGUCUCUCUCUUCCUAUCUUCUCUAUAUCUAUCUCUAUCUUUAACUAUCUCUAUCUCUCUAUUCUUGUUCAUCUGUAGCUAGCUUCGUCUAACGUGGCUUGUUCCAGAGACGGCUCGUCAUUGCUGUAUACGUCUAAGAGAGAAAGAGAGCGAGAGAGAUAUAGAUAGAUGGAUAGAUAGAUAGAUAGAUAAAUAAAGGGAGAGAGAGAGAGAGAGAGACAGAGAGAGAGAAGUAGAUAGAGAAGAGCAACCAAUCGCACGGACCAGGAUUAGGGAAUAGAAUAGUCAUUAUCGGUGUAUAUAUCCAGGCACUCGGUCGUUCCAUCUCACUUCGACCGUCCUGGCCGCACGCACGCCCCCUCCCCCUACUACCCCGCCUCCGACGCGCCCUCUCUUUCUCCCUUUAACUUUCUCUAUCUCUAUCUUUCUCUUUCUUUCUCUCUCGCUCUCUCUCUCUCAUUCUCACACGUUCUACUCUCCUCCGUCGGUUGCGUUUCGGCUGGUGCGAAACGUCGUGGUGGCCGGCCAGAGUAAAGGCAAGCGUGUGUGCUGUGAGUUGUCGAUCGAAAACACCUAACUUUGUCCCUUUCCGUUCAGCGAUCGACAGCACGAACACGAAGAAAAGAAGACAAGACGGUGUGCUACGUGCACUGAUUUAACUUAAAGCCCCCUUCGUCAUCGGACUCCUCUUUGGACGACACACUCUUCUAAGUCUUUCUUUAGUGGAUUAGCAACAAGAAGGAGAAGAAGAAGGAGAAGCAAAAGAAGCAAAAGAAGCAAAAGAAGCAAAAGAAGAAAAGGAUUUUUGACGUUUCAUCGGUUUCGUAACUGCCGAUUACGGCGAACCACUCUGGGAAGACCGAAAGAAGAAGAAGAGGAGGAGGAGAGGGGGAGUCGUGCUGGGGGCCGAGGGGCGGUAAUGUGGUCGAACAGCCUCGGCGGGACUUCCGGUUGUAGUGGAGGCGCCGGUAGCGCCGAUCUCGGAGGCCUCGCUGCCUCCACAACCUCAGCUUCCGAACUAUUUGGUCCUAGUGCAUUUGGCACUUCCGCGGCUGGGCCCUACGGUGCCCUUAAGACCAACCCUUACGUUAGUGCUUUAGGAAUGCCACCGAUCGAAGCCCUUCAUUCAACCAUCGGCUAUCCGGCUUGUACACCCGCCGGUGAGUCAUAUUACUGUAAUCCCAGAAAACAACGAAGGGAGCGAACGACCUUCACGAGAGCACAGCUCGACAUCCUCGAAGGGCUCUUCUCAAAGACGAAGUAUCCCGAUAUUUUUAUGCGUGAAGAAGUUGCAAUGAAAAUCAACUUGCCCGAAUCUCGAGUACAAGUGUGGUUCAAAAAUCGACGUGCCAAAUGUAGACAACAACAAAAACAGCAAGAACAACAACAAGAUAAGGCACCGAGAUCGAAGAAACCCUCUGGAAAUCCUACGAGCAAUCCACCUCCGGGAAAGAGUCCUUCGAUCGCUACCACACCCACGCCAGCUGCGGCUGUACCAGCUACGACUCCUCUAAGCGGUGGUACAGGAGGAUCAGCAGCCAGUUCGCCGGCCCUUUUAAGGGACUCACCUCAAUAUAAACCUGCUGGACCUGCCACUAGUUUGCUUUUGGCAGCGAACACAACACCUCCGAGCUUGAGCGGUACGGUGUAUAGUAGCGGAGGAAGUAGCAGCAGUAUUUGGAGCCCUGCUGUUACGGAAAAUGGUGGAUUUACGGGUGACCAUCAAAGGUUAGCGUGGACAACAACAGCGUCCCAACAACAAUGCUACCAAAAUUACUCUUCGUAUUAUACAAAUAUGGAGUACUUAUCUCCCGCGUCGCAUCAAUUGAACGUUGUGGAUGGAAGCGCGAGUGGAUUGGACAAUUCGUGGAGCAAAACAAGAGACGAGAGCGCCUCGUCAUGGUUUUACAACAGUGCCGGCUGGGGUGACCGAAAGUGAACACAACGGAGUGAUAAAUAGAGAAAUAAAAAUAAGACGAAACCAAAAAAAGAAAAAGAACAAAAAAAAGAAAAAAACGCAAAAAAGCAGUAAGUGGAAAAAAAAGAAAAAAAUGGGAAAAAAGUAAAUAAAAGAAAACAGAACAUAACGAAACAAAAUAAAAUAAAGAUAAGACAGACAAAACAAGGAAAAAACGAAACGAUACAAAAGAAAAUAGCGUCCCUCAAAAAUGUCAACGGCUGGGUACAUAUCAUCGACAAUAGAAAACAUCUUAUUCUUUCGGAAUCAUCCUAUCUGUGCGAGAACAAUGACGAUGGGUCAACGUACGAAAAAAAGAAACGAAAAUAUAAUCAAAAAAUUAAAGAAAAAAAAAACAUAUAAAAGAGAAAUAGAGACAAAAAAUAUUUUUCUGGACGAUGAAACGAUGUCGUCGAUUGGUCCGCGUUUAUGACAAUUCUAUCGGAGACAUAUCGAUCGAUACGCGAAUCUCACUAGAUAAUAUUACUAUUACCAUUAUCUUUAUAAUUGUCAUUAUCAUUAUCAUUAUUACUAUUAUUAUUACAAAUAUUAUUCUCAUUAUUAUUAUUAUUAUUAU